UAUGCGCGCGCGCACGCUAAUGUUUUAUCUAUAUUUACAUUCGCUGUACAAGUGGUUUUUAAGUGAAAAUGACUAGUAAUCACCAUAUCAGUUGAUAAUCAAGUGUUUUUAUGUGUAAAGUGGGUGUGAUGGUGUGAUGUGAGUUUUGAAAGUGUAAAAGUGAUUUUUUAAAAUUUGACAGUUGUUUUUUUUUUCAAAAUGCGCACGAUACGAGUGAGUUGCUUCAAAAUGCCAAAACGGUCGAGGGUGGUACCUGUUGAAGGGGUGUACACUAUUGGCAUGUCUUCUACGUCUACCCUGGAUAUAGGGACGGUGUCCGCGUCACCCCCCGCGCCGGUCAUGCAGGCUCGUCGUGGUCUGCUCUGGCACCUGCUGAUCGACCUGCCCAUACUCCUGCUUGUUGCAGCGAUAUGUAUUCUCCUGGAAGUCGGGGCGUUACCAAGCCGACGGAGCGGGUUCCGCUGCAACGAUGUCGACCUCUCUUUCCCGCACAUGGGAGACAGUAUAUCUAUCUCCCUCAUCGCUGCCAUCACUGUCAUAGUCCCCUUCUUAAUUAUGUGGACCGUAGAAACGAUUCUACAUAGAGAUGACGAGUAUACCCUUAAGAAGAGUAAACUCUACGCCAGCGCUAGACUAGCGGGCAUCAUAUACAGAGACUAUAUCUACGGGGCGAUAGUGAACCUGACAGUCCUGGAGGUCGUCAAAUGUGUUGUGGGCUCUCCCAGACCGUCAUUCUUCGAUCUCUGUCAGCCUGACGCCGCGAAGACUUGUAAUGGGUCGGAGUACAUAACGCGGUACACCUGCACGUCCACCAGGUACUCCCGGUACCUGCAGAUCGACAGCACGCGGAGUUUCCCCUCAGCACACGCCUCCCUGGCUGUGUAUUGUGGGCUGUUCCUUGCGUGGUACCUCCAGCGGCGCGCGUUCAGCUGGCACAACCGCUCGUCUCUGGCGGUCCCUCUGCUCCAGAUCCUGUGCAUCAUCUACGCCGUGGUGUGCCCCCUCACGCGGAUCACCGACCACCGGCACCACUGGUGGGACGUGCUAGCUGGGUCACUGAUGGGGAUCUUCUCGGUGCUGCAUACGGUGCUAGUUCUCCUCAAGAACUUCUCGCAGCCGUCGGUGGCCAGCAGCAGCGACAUCUCCAGCAGUGAUAACAACCACCAGGCGGUGCGGCGGUUGCUAAGCAACCGGCCCGUCGUGCCCUAGCCGCAGGCCGUGUAGACCAACCCUGUGGCCUAAUUCAUAAUAGAGAGGCCUGAUUCAUGAUGGGCAGUUUGACUCGGAUUUUUUGCACCAAUAAGCGUCAAUAGGCCAGAUUCUAAAUGGGCAGUCUGACUUUGAUUUUUGGGCCAAGAAACUUCGACGGGCAAGAUUCAAUAACUUUAAACAAGCGAAUAAUAGAUAAUCUGACUGGCCUGAUUUACACUAAGCAGUUCAACUGAGAUACGAAAACUUCAAGACAAAGACUAUAGCUUCGAAGGGCCAGAUUCACAAUGGCCAAUGCCACUAGGAUCCGACUUCACUGCGCUAAUUAACUUCGAUGGGCCAGGUACAUAACAGGCAGUUUGACUUGAAUUCGAAGAUGAAAUAAGUGUUAUCAGAUGUGAUGAGCCAUGUUGGGUUGGUUUUAAAAAGACUUUGUUUUGAGACUAUUAUGAAGUAACAAAUUGUUAGCGAUAAUUUCUGGUUUGGUAGUGGUAGCAAAUGGAAAUGGUAGAAAAAUCUUAGCUUUUUAGAUGAAGAGAAUAUAGAUUUGUGGUAAUAGGCAUAGUUGGGCACCGUUAAUUAAAUAGUUAACUUCGUUAAUCGUUAAUCGUUAAUCCGCUACAAAAAAAGUUAGCUACGUUAAACGUUAAAGCGUUACAUUUCGAAAGAAUUAACGCAAGUUAACGUUAAUCCGGUAAUUUAUGUAAAAUUGCAUUUUUAUAUCGUUGCGUUAGUGAACUUAUUCAAAAACCUGUUGGUUUUGGUUCUGGAAGUUAACAGAACUAUAAAAUUACGUCUUUACAAAUUAUUUAGUUUAUGUGGAAAAUAUGAAUGGUAUAAAAAUAAUUUGAAGUCCGUUGUGCAGAAUUAUAACAAUACUCUGCACCGCAUUACAAAACAUAAACCAAUAGACGUUAACAGUUCAAAUCAAAAUACAGUUCGAUUGAAUAUUAUCAAAAGCCAACAGCCAAAAAAAGUACGCAAAGAAUCGUCUUUUCGAGUUGGCGAUUUUGUUCGUAUAAGUAAAUACAAAGGAGAUUUUUAUAAAGGCUACACCCCUAAUUGGUCAACGGAAAUAUUUCGCAUCAUAAAAGUCAACGAAACUAGUCCUCAAACGUAUCAAUUACAAGACAAACAUAAACAAAACAUUGUUGGUUGUUUUUAUGGAAAAGAAUUACAAAAAACUAAAUUUCCUGAUAUUUAUCUUAUCGAAAAAGUUCUAAAGAAAAAAGGCAACAAACUUUUUGUGAAGUGGUUAGGAUUGAGUGCCGAAGAAAACAGUUGGAUAGAUAAAAGUGAAUUAGUUAUUUAGAUAUAUAAAGCACAUAAUCAGUGCUAUAUCACAAUACAUACUUAUCAAUGAAGGAAGGUAGUGGUGUAAUCAAUAACUUGAUAGACCAUUUACCGUUUGAGUUGCAUUUACCUGGAUAUCAAUUUUGCGGUCCUGGGACGAAACUUCAAAAACGAAUACUACAAGGCGAUCGAGGAGUUAACAAAUUGGAUGAAGCUUGCAUGCAUCACGAUAUUGCUUAUAUAAAUAAAGAUCCUAGUGCUCGACGUAAAGCUGAUUUAGAACUUUUGAGUAUGGCAAAGAAGAGGUUGAAAUCAAAAGAUGCUGGUAAGGGAGAAAAGAUUGCCUCGUGGAUAGUAAAAAAUGCUAUGAAAACAAAAAUCAGAGCUGGAAGUGGUAUUAAAUCAUUUAAGAAAGGUAUUAAAAAAAUACAUGCCCAUUUAAAAAAACUUAAAUCCAAGGAUCAUCACUCUGCUAUAAAAUAUGCGUA